AUGUUGCAACGAUUACCCAAUAAAUACAAAGAGGAUUAUUAUAAAUUCAAUCAAAUAGGAAAUGAGAGACAAACAUUUAUUGAUAGUGAAUUCGAUUACACCGAUUAAAACAGUCAAAUCCAAUUUUUGAGAAUAGGGUCUCUAGGAUUAAACAAGAAUAUUUAACCAUGUUCUGAAUUCAAAAGGUCUUAAUAUUAUCAAGACAAUUCUCUCAUCAAUGCAUUUAAUAUUCUAUAGAAGGAUAUUCAAUUUGUCAAGAAUAUUUAUUUAAAUUUAAACUCUCUUUAUGGAGUUUGGCUAAAUUUGUAAGGAGAAUGGCAUUUAAUUAAAAUUGAUGAAAAAAUACCUUGUUAUUUAACUGGCAAUAUUUAGAAGCUAGCCACCUUAGAAUGUGAAUGCGAAUGGCCAAUUAUUAUAGAGAAAGCGAUAGUUAAGGUAUUGGGAAAGAAUUACGAUAUUUUGAAUAGAUUAAUAGAAGAAUCAAUAGAGGCGUUUAUGUUUAUGCUAAUUGGAUAACCCAUAAUGAAGGUGAGUACAGAAGAUAUUAGCAACUUGAAAAGUGUAAUCAUAUCUCAAAUGUAAAAUCAUUCUUUAUUGUUUGCUGUUCAAAAGCAAAACGGUUUAGAGUGUGGUUAUGUGAUUCAAGCAAUUGUUAAAGGGAAUAUCAAAGAAUAGGAAUUGAUUUAGAUGAGAGCAGCAAAUAGAAACUCAGUGAUUUCAGGAUAAUAGUUCAUCUAAAAUGAUAAAUGCGUAUUUUUUUUAACAUUCAAGCAAUUUUCAGAGAUAUUUCCAGAAUUAUGUAUAAUCCAAUAUCAUCCUACUUAUUAAUGGAGUUCUAAAGAAUUGAUCAUACAAUAAAAGAGGGAAUUCUAAUAAUACGUAGAAAAUACUUAUUGUUAUGAUUUUGACAUAGUUUAAGACUGUCAUCUUUACAUGUCAAUUUGCUAAAGAGAUUAAAAUUUCAAUUCUAAUUAAUUGGUAUCUCCAAUUAAGUAUGGGUUAAUUCGAAUUUUGAUUUCCAAAAAGAAUGAUGAUAAAUUUGAAUUUACAACUGGAGAUUACAAUAUUAAAUAAAAUGUAUGUUUGGAUAUGUAGGAAUUAACUAAAGGAUCAUACACACUCUUUUGUUAAGGCUAUUUUUAUAAUCAGAUAGAGAAUAAUCCAAAAUUACACCAGGAACAAUAAAGAUUGUUUGUUUAAUAUUUUGGAUCUUCAGUUCCAGAUAAUCUGAUUGCUAAUACAACAGAAUUCUUUGAAUCAAGUAAAUUAAUGUUGGCCAGCUUAGCUAUGAAUGAUGUAAGUAAAGAAAAUACUAGGACAUAUGAAUAAUUGGAAUAACCUGAAAUAUAAGUUACUACUUAAAUGAAUCUAGGGAUGUUAUACUUUUAUUAUAACAAUAUGGGAACUACAAAGAUAGAGGAGGAAGUAGUAUUUGAUAAGUGUGAAAACAUUAUUGACUUCGAAACAAUGAAAGUACAAAAUAAAUUUAAUGUUAUUGUUCCACCUCAUAAUGACUAUCUCAAAUUGUACGUUUAUGAUCCCUUUGUAAUUUUUAAUGAGGAUUAGCCUAUCUUCCAAUACUCAUGUAAUAUCAAGUCUCUUGUGCAUUCAACUAAGAAAACAUUUAUGACUCAGUCUAUGAAUUUGAGUAAAGUUAACCACAAAUAAUCUAUUUUUGAAAGCAUCGCUAAUAAUCCUUCUUUAGAAUUAAUCACUUAUAUGAAGGAGAAUGCUAAGUAAGCUACGAGAGUAUGGAAUAAUAAUCCUAUCGAUGUUUAGAUGUAUAUUUAUCAACAUUAAGAAGGUGUCAUAAUUCUAUAUUUAAAUAAUACUCAAAACAUAUAUGAGGAGAAACUAACAUUUACAUUAGAUAAUUUAACUAUCAAUUGCACUCCAUCUCUUAGACAAGGGAACUAAGUUUAUUUCUAAUUGGAUUCAUAUGCUCAUCUCUUCAUAUAUUUAAACAUCCUAGAUAAUAAAAAGCCUUACUCACACAAAAUUCAAUGUAUUUAUACCCUUUACAAAUGA